GGUGUCGCCUUCCCGGGAGGCUCGGGUUCCCGGAUCCCCUUACCCCGACGGCUCGGCUGUCGCUCCUUGGGCCGGGGGAGGGGAGGCUGCAGGAAGCGGCGGAUCCGGCGGCUGUGGCCGUGGCCCCGGUGGCCGAGCUCCUCCUGCCAUGGAGACCACAGCGGCCCGCGAGGCCCGGGGGGCCGAGGCCCCACGCCUGCCCGCGCCCCCGCCCUCGCCCGCCGAGCCCCCAGCCGCGUCCCCCAGCCCGGCCGCGCCCCGAGCCCGCCCGCGCCUCAUCUUCCGCACGCAGCUGGCUCACGGCAGCCCCACGGGCAAGAUCGAGGGCUUCACCAACGUCCGCGAGCUUUACGCCAAGAUCGCCGAGGCCUUCGGGAUCGCGCCCACCGAGAUCUUAUUCUGCACCCUAAACAGCCACAAAGUGGACAUGCAGAAACUCCUAGGCGGCCAGAUAGGGUUGGAGGACUUUAUCUUUGCCCACGUGCGCGGCGAGACCAAAGAGGUGGAGGUCACUAAGACCGAGGACGCCCUGGGACUGACCAUCACUGACAACGGGGCUGGCUAUGCCUUCAUCAAGAGGAUCAAGGAAGGCAGCAUCAUCAACCGGAUCGAGGCAGUGUGCGUGGGCGACAGCAUUGAGGCCAUCAACGACCACUCAAUCGUUGGCUGCCGCCACUACGAGGUGGCCAAGAUGCUCCGGGAGCUGCCCAAGUCGCAGCCUUUCACCCUGCGCCUGGUUCAGCCCAAGAGAGCUUUCGAUAUGAUCGGCCAGAGAAGCCGGAGCAGCAAAUGCCCCACGGAGGCAAAAGUCAGCAGUGGGAGGGAGACCCUGCGGCUUCGGUCUGGGGGGGCCGCCACUGUGGAGGAAGUGCCUAGUGAAUUUGAGGAGGAGGCAUCUCGGAGGGUGGAUGACCUGCUGGAGAGCUACAUGGGCAUUCGGGACCCAGAGCUGGGUAAGGGGCCAGGCGUCCACCAUGGUGGAGACAUCCAAGAAGACAGUGAGUGUCCAGGAGUUUGCACGCCAUUUAGACUCCGUUUUGGGCGAGUUCGCCUUCCCGGACGAGUUUGUGGUGGAGGUGUGGGCCGCCAUCGGCGAGGCCAGGGAGGCCUGUGGCUAGUCUGCCCCGGGGCCGAGCGCAGCCCCAGCCCGGAGCCCAGCCCCAUGUCCCAGCCCUCCCGGCCAGUUCCCCAAGCCCAGCCCUGCUCUGGAGUCCAGAAGUCCAGAUCUGAGACCCAGCCCUGCUCUAGAGCCCAGCCCAGCUCAGAGACCAAGCCCAGAUCUGAGACUGGUAUCACCUCUAGAACCCACACCAGUUUUGAGACUGAGCCCAGCCCCGAGACUCGGCCCUGCUCUAGAACCCAGCUCAGCUCGGAGACCAAGCGCAGCCCUGAGACCACGUUCACCUCUAGAACCCAUACCAGUUUUGAGACCAGGCGCAGCCCUGAGACCCAGCCCUGCUCUGGAACCCAGGCCAGCUCAGAGACCAAGCCCAGAUCUGAGACCCAGCCCUCCCCUAGAACCCAGCUCAGCUCGGAGACCAAGCUCCCCUCUAGAGGCAAGGCCAGCUUUGAGACCACGUUCACCUCUAGAACCCACACCAGUUUUGAGACCAAGCCCUGCUCUGGAACCCAGGACAGCUCUGAGGCCCAGUUCAUCACUAGAACCCAAGCCAGUUCUGAGAUGCAACCCAGCUCCAGAACCCAGCUCUCCUCUAGAACCCAGGACAGCUCUGAGGCUAAGCUGAGCUCUGAUAUAAAGUCAAGUUUGGGAACCCAGACAAGUUUUAAGAGCCACCCCGGCUCUGAAAUCAAUCCUAGUUCUGAAAGUCAGGCCAGCUUUAUGACCCAGCCCUGCCUUAAAACUCGACCCAACUCUGGAACGCAAGACAGUUCCAUGACCCAGUUGUACCUGGACACCUGGUCUAGCUCAGAAACACCAGUUAGUUCUGGAACCCAGGUGAGACUCAAGAAGCAGCCCAGUUCCAGAAGCCACGUCAGCUCAGGAUUCAAAGACAGUUCCGAAACGCAACCCUAUUCUCAUGCCCAGACCAGCUCAGGAACCCAGAUGCACGCUGCAGAGCAGUCCAGGCCCAGACCCCACCCCCAUACUAGGGCCCAGCCCAGCUCCAACGAUGAGUCCAGCUCAGAGACUGAGCCCAGCUCUAUACACCAGACUAGAGCAACAAGCAGGCCUGUCUCCAGAAUUCAGACAAGCUCUGGACCCCCAUCCAUCUCUGGGGCAAGGCCCGCCUCCAGAGCUCCACUUGAUGCCAAGACCCACCCUCACUGCAGAACACAGAGCAGCUCUAGAACAUCAUCCAGCUCUGGGACCCAGACAGACUUCAAGGCUUGGCCAACUUCCAGAGUUCAGUCCAGCUCAGGCACUCCACCCAGCUCCAGAACUCAGCUCAGUUCUAGAGCGCAGGCCGGCUCUGAAAUCCCAUCGAGCUCUAAAACACAGUCAAUUGCUGAGACCUACUUGAGUUCCAGAGUCCAGCUAAAGUCUGGGCCUGGGACCCAGACCAAUGCAGCAACAGACUUAAGCUCCACGGCUCUGUCGAGCUCUGAGAGCAGGCCCAGCUCCAGGACCCAGCCCUGCCUGGGAACUCAAAACACCUCUGGGACCCAGCUCGUCUCAGAAACCCUGCAAAGCUCUAGAGACCAACUCCAGACCACACCCCCAGGCAGCUCUGCUGUUGAGCCGGACUUUGGGAGACAGAACAGCUCUGGAAGUCCACUCAUCUCUACAGCCCAGCCCAGCUCUGGGACCCAGACCAGUUCAAGAAUACAGCCCAGUUCUGGAACCCAACCCAGCUCCGGAAUGCAGACCAGUUCUGGAACCCAGCUCAUCUCUGGGACCCAGCCCAGUGCAAGAAUGCAGCCCCUCUCUGGAGUCCACCUCAUUUCUGGAACCGAAACCAGCUCCAGAACACAGACCAGUUCUGGAACCCAGCUCAACUCUGAGACCCAGCCCAGCUCUGGGACCCAGCUCAGCUCCAGAACCCAGUUCAGCUCUAGAAUUCAGUUCAGAGCUGAGACUCACCACAGCCCUGAAACCCAGACCAGUUCAAGAACCCAGCCCAGCUCUGGAAUCCACCUUACUUCCAGAACCGAAUCUGUUUCUGAAACGCAAUCCGGCUCCAGAAGCCAGACCAGCUCAAGAAUACAGCUCAGCUCUAGAAAUGGGCUCCGCCCACCAACCCCUGGCCUUGACCCCAGAACCCAGGCUGAUGCCACUGCCCCAGCCCGACCUCAACACCCAGGCCCAUCACUCAGAGCCCCACCUACAGGUCCUAGGAGGGUCUCUCACCCUCAGUCCCAUGAUCGGGUUCAAGGAGCCCAGGCCGAUACUGGCCCAGGCCGAAGCCCAUCCACUUCUGCCCUGUUCCCACGGCCGUGGUCCCCCUCCGUCCCGCAGAAACCAGCCCUUCCCCCCAAGCCCCAGCUGAGACCCCAGAAGUCCACCCCACCCACCAAAUCUGUCAUCCCUAGUUCUGCCACCAGGGCGGCCCUCCUGCAUUCCCAGCCCCCUGAACCCUCAGCUCAGGGGCCUGCCCCCUCCCCCGAGCUCAGGGAGCCAGAGCCAGCUCCGCCGGCGUCAGAGCCCCUCCCCUACCAUGGGGGGCUAUAGCUUGGGGGUGACAUACUUGUGGCCCCCAUCCCCUCUCCUGCCCCUCCCAGCCUGGGUCCCCCAGAAGCAGCAGGUGACCUCAUUCCCCCACAGGCGGGUUUGGGGGUGGUGAGGGAGGGUGGACACAGGGGCUUUGGUUUCACCCGGGCCUGGCUCUGGGAGCUGUAAGCAGAUCCCAGGUCUG